AUGGGACAAACGUUUCCUCGCUGUAGUAGCAAAAUUGCUGCCAUGGCCAGCCAGGUGCCUGACAACCAGCAAGGUCUUGACGAGACCCAGGUCUACGAGACCCUGCCACAACCCGAGAGCCAACAGGAACAGAUCCAGGAGAUCCAUGACUCGGAACCGGAACCCAAGAAAAAUGAAUCUCAAGCGGUGGUGGCGGGACCUGGAGUGGAAGGCAUGUCUUGGGAAGAGCUGCAGAAGGCUCGAUCGACUACAGAGUACUGCGGCCGUUGCAAAAUGCCAGUGGAGGCAGGACCUACGCGUCGGUCUGCUGGCAAGUCGCAUUGCAAAAUGCAAUGUAAGUCCUGCCACAAUGUGGCGACCAUGCUCUACAAACGGUGGGACAUGAAGAAGUUGGGCUUCAAGGAUUUGUCUGACAAGGACCAGCAGGAUUUCUUUCUCACUGUCAAGAAAUUGACAGCGAACGGAGAGGGCAUGACUUGUGGGAAAAUCAGAAACGUCCUGAGCAAGAAAAUGUUCGAGGUCCAGAAGUUCACCACGGAGACAGCAGUCAAGGGGCAAUUCCUGCCAUUGUCGGUAUGGGAGACGAAGGGUUUCGACACGGCUGCGAUAGAGGCCAAAGCAGAAUGCCGGCCAUCGGAUUUGUUCGGCACCGUCUACCGCGUGCCGAUCCUGGAGCUCAACUACAGCCACAUCGAGCAAUCUGUGAGGGAGACCAUUCUUGCUGCUGAGAGGAAAGUGGCCCCGAACAAGCGUAAGGGUGGUAAAAAAGCAGAUGACGUAGAGGUAGACGACGAGCUCCAGGAUGCUGAUUGGAUGAGCAUCAGCUCUGACGAGGGCCAUUCGAAGGUCAUCACUAUCCGAGAGAGCAAGGCUUCCUCUUCCAGGACCAAGAAGAGCAAGAAGGAAAAGCCCGAGCUUUCCCCUGAGGAACUGAAGCAAAGGAGGUCUGACAAUGCGCAGGUGGCCAAGACCUGCAAAAAGCUGGUGGAGAAGUUGGAGCCAUUGUUGAAGACCUGUCAGAAGGCAGCGAAGUCAAACAUGGCCGAUGAAUCCUUCAAGAGCCAGGUUAAUGGAGCGAAGACAGUUCUCAAAGAUGCCAAGAUGGUCCAGGAAAAGUACAAGUCAAAGACUUUGGAAGCCCUGGAGUUCUUGCACGAGGAGGAGCACACCAAUGACUUGAUGGCUUCUUUGAAAAGGAAUCUCAAGUGCAUUGACACAAUGAAGUCUUUGAUGGACGGAGGCAUGGACUCUGAGGAGAUCGAGAAGCUGGCGGCAGUUGCCAAGACCAGGAUGACAAGGAUGCAGAACGCUGAGAGUGUGGACUGA